AUGUCUGGCUCAGAUGACGGAGAUAUAAGUCGGGAGGUUCCCUUGAGCCGAACAAUGUCAAGAAGAUCACCUAGUAUAUUAGUUACAGAUGCCCGUUUUACAAAAAAUCGUCCCUCUGCACCAUUUGCAGGGCUCGCUUCUGGUAUAAAGAAACCUGGAAUACUUCCUAAGCCAAUAGUAUCUGCGGGACCUUCUCUCAGCACUGAUUCCAAGAGUAAUAUAAGGCUUCGAAAAAAGAAUAGAGGGUACGACGUACAUGGUGAAAAUAAGAGUUCCCACAAUGGUCGCUUUAGUUCAGUUUCUAUGGAUAAUAUUCUCUUGGAUGUUAGCGAUGUCCCUUCGGGUAGACGUCAGGAACGUUUAUCCUCAUCGUCCUUUGAUAUGUAUCCUGGGUACAGGCAAAGAGGAACACAUAUCACUAAGAUGAUCAAUCCUUUGCCAGCAAGAACGUCUAAGACAUCUCAAAAAUUGGUCCUAAUUCCCGAUGAAGCACAUGAUAAUAGGAAUUCCAAUCAAUUUAGAAAGCGUGCACCUAAGGGUCAAAGGGCGCGAUCAGCUACAAGGGCAAAAUCUGAUAAGGAAUUUGAACUGCCACGUAUCACUGCAUAUAAUGUUGCAGAAGGUUUUAACCUUUCGUCAGCAUCUCAGUUCUUGAGACAAACGCAUGACGUUUCGCCAAGGUUAUACGAUGAGUGUUUGUACGUACCGUACUGCCUUCCUUUACUCCCUGGAAAGGAUGGAUUCAGAAUUAAAUCUAAUAUAUCAAAGAAAACUCAAGGGGGAAAGACAAUUAUAGAAAGUUUAAUUGAUAGUAGUGAGAGACGAGACCAUCAUUAUGAGUACUUUUCUGGGGUCGAGACUGUUGAAGAUAUGAAUAACAAUUACGAAUUAGACGAAGGAGGUGUAUCAAAUAACCUGAACCCAGAAAAUAUUCCCGAUCAUUUGCCAAAUCCCCAAAACAAUACAUCUCUCUCUUUCGAUCCUAGUGAGCCACAGUACUUUGCUGAAGAAAAUAUAGGCACUAAUGAUGUUGACGCCCUUAGCCAAAUUAAUGGGAAGACGACCUUAUUUCAACAACAGCAUGCAGAAAUCUUCAUAUUCAAUUAUGGUGUCGUUGUAUUUUGGAAUUUUACUGAGAUUCAAGAAAAGAAUAUAUUAGGCGAUAUUUCAUUCUCGUCAUUUAAAAAUAUGGUCAUUAAACCAUUAGAUGAACAGGAUAUUGAAAUUGAAAGUUUUCAUUUUGAAUAUGAUAUGGAAACUGAAAGACCACGAAUCUUCAAUGAUAUAAUAACCCUCAGAUCUGGUGAUCAUUUGACGGCUUUGACUUUAUCACAUGCUAUUGCACAAUCAGUUAAGCUCUCUCGAUUUGAAGCACGUAUUGUUCCAAUAUUUGGUUCUGUUUCUAAAUUACCAAAGAGGUUAGCAUUGUUUGGUACAUUGGGUCUUAAAAGAGAACAAUUGCUAAAGAAAUCAGGUAAACUUUUCAAACUACGGGUAGAUGUAAAUUUGUCAUCAAGUGUUCUUGAUACUCCGGAAUUCUUCUGGUCUUUUGAACCUAGUUUGCACUCAUUAUACGCGGCUAUGAGAGAGUACCUUGAAAUUGAUCCUCGUGUACAAGUUUUAAAUGAUAGAUGCAAAGUAUUUCUUGAAUUUUUCGACAUAUGUGUUGACUCAAUUGCUGAAAGAAAUAUGGCACGAAUCACAUGGUGGUUUAUCGCUGUAAUUUUUACGAGCGUGUUAAUUUCUAUCGUAGAGAUUUUGGUACGCUAUUUCAUUAUUAAGAAACAUACUAGUAUAUAA